AAGGGGAGAAAAGGUAAUUCCUCUAAAUACCCAGGCAUAAUAUGGUAAAACACAUGCUGCUGCCGCUGUUGCCCUCUCUUGCUUCCAGACCCGGCUGGUUCAUUACACGCAUAUCAAAAGGGCUCCGACCAGUAUCCUCAUCAUCCAUCACCACCACCACCACCACCACCAAGAUGUCUUCGGAGCACUACACGUUCGGCCCUUACAAGAUACGCCACGAUGAAGUAUUCUACUCAACCCAGCUUUCGUUUGCUAUGGUUAAUCUACGUCCUGUCGUCCCUGGUCAUGUGCUUGUCUGCCCAAGGCGUGAAGUUAAGCGCUUUGUCGAUCUCACUGCUGAUGAGAUUAGUGAUUUGUGGCUCACAGCACAGAAAGUUGGUAGUCAGCUUGAGCACUACCACAAAGCAUCGUCUCUCACAUUUACUAUCCAAGAUGGGCCCCAGGCUGGACAGACAGUACCCCAUGUUCACAUACAUAUCCUGCCGCGGAAAGGCGGUGACUUCGAGAGGAAUGAUGAGAUAUAUGAUGCUAUGAAAAGGAGAAAGACUUGAAGCAAAAGCUUGACUUAGAUAAGGAAAGAAGGGACAGAAGCCCUGAGGAGAUGUCACAAGAGGCAGAUGAAUUAAGAAAGCUCUUGUAAAUAUUUCAGUCUCGACUCGCAGUGCAAUGUGUGUUUGAAUUUUUCCAGGUUAUCUCCAAUCUGGUUUGACAACUAAUUGUAAUGUUUGCCAGAUAAACUUUGAUGUUUACUAUUACUUAUCCAAAAACAAAAAAAAUUAUGCAUCAGUAUUGUGGCAACUUCCAUUGGACCUUAUUUGAAUUUUAAGACCAAAGCUUUUACAGCAUAUACAUUUUUAAUUUUCUA